GUUCCGCGCUCCGUCCGCCCUCGCGCCCGCGCUGCGCGCCCUCCCGCUCCCGCCCAGCCUGUGCCGCUACCGCGGCCGCCAGAGAAGCAACUUCUCGAGCGCCCGCGUCCGGCGGGACCCCGGCGCCGCCCCCCGUCCAGCGCCGAGCGCCGAGGCCAUGGACGCGCUGGCCGGGCUGCUGCCCCCGCUCCUGCUUCUCUGCGCGCAGCAGCACCGCGGCACCAGGGUUGACAAAGGCUGAGAAGUCCACUGGCAUCCUUCCAGUUCAAGCUCUGGAGGCCAGAAGCCCGAGAUCAAGUCUGAGGACAGGGCCGACUCCUUCUGGAGGGUUCUGAGGGAGGAUCCGUUCCUGUGCUUCUCUGCAGCUUCAGGCGCUGCCAGGGUCUGUGGCAUCCCUUGCCUUGUGGCUGCAUCUCUCCGAUCUCUGCCUCUGUUGUAACACGGCCUUCUCCCUGUGUGUCUGCUUUCUCUUCUUAUAAGGACACCACUCAUUCGGUUUAGGGCCACCCUAAUCAAGCACGAUAUCAUCUUAACUAAUUAUAGCCCAAUUUCUGAGGUUCUGGGUGGACAUGAACUUUGGGCGACGCUGUUUGCCCCAGGACAGCUUCCUGGUCACACAUCUCUUCUCUCAAGUCACCUCCUGCAGAACACUUUACCCUCAGAGGCUGAAAGGGAGGCCGUGUGCCCUCGUCAGGGUCCUCCGAGGUUAUUCAUCGAGAGUCUCCAGGGUUGGGCACUCUGCCUGACCCAGCAGGCUCGCUCAAGCCCAGAGCAAUGAACGAUAUUGGGGACUAUGUCGGCUCCAACCUGGAGAUAUCCUGGCUUCCCAACCUGGAUGGCUUGAUGGAGGGCUAUGCUCGCAACUUCCGGCCUGGCAUUGGAGGGCCUCCUGUGAACGUGGCCCUCGCCAUCGAGGUAGCCAGCAUUGACCACAUCUCGGAGGUGAACAUGGAGUACACCAUGACCGUGUUCCUGCAUCAGAGCUGGAGGGACAGCAGGCUGGCCUACAACCACACCAACGAGACUCUGGGCCUGGACAGCCGCUUCGUGGACAAGCUGUGGCUCCCGGACACCUUCAUUGUGAACGCCAAGUCCGCCUGGUUCCAUGACGUGACUGUGGAGAACAAGCUGAUCCGGCUACAGCCCGACGGGGUGAUCCUGUACAGCAUCCGAAUCACCUCCACGGUGGCCUGCGACAUGGACCUGGCCAAGUACCCCAUGGACGAGCAGGAGUGUAUGCUGCACCUGGAGAGUUAUGGCUACUCAUCUGAGGACAUCGUUUACUACUGGUCUGAGAACCAGGAGCAGAUCCACGGGCUGAACAAGCUGCAGCUGGCUCAGUUCACCAUCACCAGCUACCAUUUCGCCACAGAGCUGAUGAACUUCAAAUCCGCCGGUCAGUUCCCUCGGCUCAGCCUGCAUUUCCACCUGCGGAGGAACCGGGGCGUCUACAUCAUCCAGUCCUACAUGCCCUCCAUUCUGCUGGUCGCCAUGUCCUGGGUCUCCUUCUGGAUCAGCCAGGCGGCAGUGCCGGCCAGGGUGUCUCUAGCAGGUAUUACCACGGUGCUGACCAUGACCACGCUGAUGGUCAGCGCCCGCUCUUCCCUCCCACGGGCCUCAGCCAUCAAGGCGCUGGAUGUGUACUUCUGGAUUUGCUACGUCUUUGUGUUUGCCGCGUUGGUGGAGUAUGCCUUCGCCCACUUCAAUGCUGACUACCGGAAGAAGCAGAAGGCCAAGGUCAAGGUCAAGGAGCAGAAAGCAGAGAUGGAUGUGAAGAACGCCAUCGUGCUCUUCUCCCUGUCGGCCGCUGGUGCCACCCAGGAGCUGGCUGUGUCCCGCCGGCACUGCCGCAGGCCUGGGAACCUCAUGGGCUCCUAUAGGUGUGUGGACAUGGAGACGGGAGAGGCCAGGAAGCAGGGGGAGGCCCGCGCGGGGGGCCAAGGAGGCCUCCGUGCGCUUUUCAAGCCCAUUGACGCAGACACCAUCGACAUCUACGCCCGCGUGGUGUUCCCUGCGGCCUUUGUGGCCGUCAAUGUCCUCUACUGGGCGGCCUACACCAUGUGAGGCUGGAGGUGGGGCUUCGCCUGUCCUGGAGCCCCCAGCCCCUAGGAGGGAGGCUCUUGGGUUGAUGUGCCUGCUCUGCCUGUUUCAAAGGGGGCCUGACAACAGGCCACAUAAAGCAAGAGGAAAACGUUGGCCUCCCUAAUUACCCCAGGCUCUGUCCCCACCAUCACCUGGAAGACCACCCUGGGGUUCUCCCGUGCACCUCUCCUGCAGACCCCCGGCCUGGCUCCUCCUGGGCGGCAGAACCAGCCUGACCCGAGGUGGAGCCAAACAGGCUCAGGGGCCUUGAGGAACUCUGCAUUCAAUUCAGAAAACAAUCCUGAUUCUAGGCAUGUGCUCUGUGGGCUUGGGACCAGGUCAUGGGAGGCUGGGCGUGGGCGGUGCUGCCUUCAUGGUGACAUGGUGGAGAAUGGCAUCCAUAGGCCUUGGGUCCCAGCAUGAAAUAAAACAAAGCCUUCAGCUGCUGGCUGUGUUCUCCGUCUCU